UGUCUUCCUAGGGAAGAUCAAAGAUGCCUUUGACCGGAACCCCCAGCUCCAGAACCUUCUCCUGGAUGACUUCUUUAAGACUGCUGUGCAGAACUGCCAGGAGUCAUGGCGGCGGGCGAUCAGCACUGGAGUGCAGGCUGGCAUCCCCAUGCCCUGCUUCACCACGGCUCUUUCCUUCUACGAUGGGUACAGGCACGAGAUGCUCCCUGCCAACCUGAUCCAGGCUCAGAGGGAUUACUUCGGGGCUCACACCUACGAGCUUCUAGCCAAACCAGGACACUUUAUCCACACCAACUGGACAGGCCACGGUGGCAGCGUGUCCUCCUCUUCCUACAAUGCCUAAUGAGACUUCUUCUGUCUGCCGUUGGAGUUCCGUAGACCUUCGACAUUCCUGCCACCCCCUCGACUUACACUGCACUUGCUUCCCGCCCGGGGCCCUUAAAAUCACUUAUUGUAAGAGCCCUUCCCUGUGGGGAGGACAAGAGAGUCUGUACAGUGACUGUCCUGCCCUCUGCCCUCGCUUUUUAACAUUGUCUAGAAACUGAUCAUGUGAAUGGUGGCACUGACCAGUGGCCCACUCUGCCCUGGAAGCAGGAUCGAUCAAGGCAGCAACUAGGGUCCAAGAGGGUGGUAGCACCCACAUCAUGGUUGGGAAAGGCUCUGGUAGAAUCUGACCAAACUAGAACCUUUGUCUUAGGCAGUUCUUUUACCUUUUAAUAAAAACUCCAUUAUAUUUAUA